AUGAAAACGGUUCCUUCUAACUUUUCUCUCUGCAGAUCAGCUCCGAUGAAGCGAAUCAAGUCGUUUGCUGCCAUGUCAAUGCGCUCCAUCCAGUCUCUUACUGGACGGUCCUCCGUAGAUGCACCUCGAGAGACCAAGGUUCCUUCCAAUCUUGCGAGUCUCGAGGCAGUUGCAGACGUCACAACUAACUUGGCAUCAUCCACCACUUCCUGGCCCACCAUAACGGGCUCCUCAAGGGCUUCUCCGACCUCGGGAUCGGCCUCGCUAUCUUCCUCUUCCACUACUCCGCCUAUGCCAUCUAGCCUAAAUGUCUUACCGACUCAACUUGCUGCUAAGGCCUCUAUCAAACCCCUCCGUUAUACUUCGGCAAUUCCGCCACAUACAAUGAUCACUCAAACUCAAGAAAAAUCAAAUUUCUACAUGUGCGUUACUCGUUUUUCCGAAUAUCGGUUUGACCAUAGAUAUUUAUAA